CGUCGUUAUUGGAAAUGGGAUUUUUGGAUUGCAUCUCUGUGACUUUAGUCAGUGUCUUCGCUAAUCCUGUGAUAUCCUAUCGUCGAAUCGUUUUUUAGCUGCAUUUGUUCAAAUUAGGUCAUCAACAACCGUUAUUUUUAGAUUUAGGUCUAGUUUGUAGAGUCUAUAUUUCAUGGAAAUGUUUGCCAGUGUUAUUGUUUGGUUAGAAAUAAAUUCGUCUGAAUCAAGAUUCUCACUUUAUGUACUGUGGAUUUACUUGUGCUACUAGACACGAAUAAAACAAUGUGUGUUCCAUUCUUCAUGCAGGACAAGAGAAGUGACUUGAUAUUCCUUCAGUGUUUGUAGCUUGUGUCUAAGACUCCAUUGAUUUCAUACUAUCUAUUCCUGAGGAUGGAUUUACUAGAGUGUCCUCACUAAUUGAUGUAGCCAUGAGUGCUACUAAAGACACCCAAGAGGUGCCCAAAAAGCCGAGCAGCGAAGCCAAGCGAAUCAUUCAGAAUGACCAGGAGAAACAGAGAAAGGAGAAAAUCAAAACGUGUAUAGGUGAAAUUGCCAAAGAGUUGCCACCAAGUGCAGAUCACGUUGAUCGCAAGCCAAGUACCCUAUCCAUUGUUUCGCAAGCCAAAGAUUACAUUAAAAGUUUAAAAGAAAAAAAUCAAGCUUACGAAAAGAACUUCUCAGUUGCAGAGCAGGAAGAGUUGAAGAGACUGCGAGAGAUUCAUGCUGCACAACAGGAAAAAAUUAAACAGCUGGAAGAAACGGUCAAAGCUUAUGCAGCAUUAGAUAAAGUUAUCAAAAACAAGUCUACCGAUGAAACCAAUCCUACUCCUAGCUCGGAGGGCAGACAAGGCAGGCCAAAGACAAUCAAACUUUUGGAAAAGGAAAGACAUGAACAGAUUCAGCCUGCGAAUACAGAGUUUAAUACUUUGGAUCCUUCACUGCCCCUUGUGAGCUCUACCUACGGUCACCAUGGCAGUGGAGGUGGAAGCAAUAACAGCAACAACCUCCCACCAACCUCCAUAGUGCUUCCUGCUGCAUCGUCCGGUAUCUCCAUCAUGACGGUGGCCCCCACCAUCUUGUCGGUGAAAAGCCCAUCUCUUGGGCAGACGCGUAACCAGCAGACAAACAGGUCCAUCAGCACAUCCUCUGUCGCAGGGAGUACUGCCAGUAGUAGGGUUAACCCAACCUCAUCUACUCUUGUGUCCUAUAUGGAUCUGAUUGGCAACGAUUAUGGGUCUGGCAAUGCCAGGGUGGACAGUGGGCAGAGUAAUUUGGUGUAUUCAACCUCUUCAAUGUCACUGACAUCACCUUCCAUACUGUCGACGUCUUCUGGCAACAUUAUAAGCACUGCUGACCUGAUGGGACUCCAGCAGCAGCAACACCAAAGCACCGGCAAUGUCAACGGAAGUACUGCCGGAGCCACUGGCUUGGUGGGCAAUCUGCAGACGGCAGAUUACUCCCUGCUACACCACCAGCAGCAGGGAAUUAUGAACCUCCAUCAGGAUGGCUCCUGUUCCACAUCCGCCUUGCAGACUCUAGCCUCUGUGGCCACCAGCUCUCACAUGGCUGGCUUGACCAUGUCCAACAACCAAGGUGUGGGGGCUACGUCCAGCAUGAUGGGAUUGCCCGUCGGAGUGCCCUCCAUGUCUCUGGGCCAUCUUCACCAACAGCAGGGGUCAAUACUGACAGACACGGGAGCAGCAUCAACGCAGGCCUGUAAACAGGUUUAUAUCAACGGCCAGGUCUUGACUUUAAGUGACCAGGGUUUGAGUUGCGGACCACACGGUGAGUCUGACUGCCAGAGUAACAUCCAGGCCAGCAGUCUGUGCCAACAGCUUCCUUUGGCCGCCGGCACCAACUUUCAGCAACACCAACAUUCGGGCAUCAACACUGCCGGUUUGUUGAACCAAGGGAGCUUCAGCCACGCCGCCUCCAUCAACACAAACCAGAUGACCGCUAACAACCCAAACCAGUCGGUGAUCUACACUAUAAAUGAGCAGGGUCAGCUUGUCCCUCUUCAGUCCUCCUUCAACCAGAUCCAGCCGGCCACAGGGACAGGUCUAGAUUUUGUCUCCGUCUCCUCGGCGGGCGGGAACAUCCUCUCUGGAUUUCAGAACACCUCGGCGGGGAGUGGAGCACUAAUGCAGCCCUCGCUUCAGCAUCAGACUCAGCCCAACUUUUUGACUCAGGCACCCAUUGUGUCGUUGGCUGGCCAGGGAUCUAAUCAGCAGUUCACAAUACUUCAAGCCGGACAUGGCAACCAUUUGUCCAAUCAGAUCAUCCCGAGCGCCCCGCUGUUUAUGGCACAACAGAACCAGGUUCUAAACUUGGCUGGUCUCUCUGGCCUUCAGAUGGUCAACCCUUUCAGCAACAUGAUGGUCAACAACAUGGCCAACACCUUGAAUGGGGCCACGGUGAAACUGGUGGGCAAUGAGCUGAAGAUAGUGCAGCCCGGGGAUGGCUCUGCCUCCCAGGGUCCGACUCACGUCAUGGUGGAUGGGUCUCUUAUCCCCAUCUCCACCAACCCACAGACGAUCAUGCCGACCGCCACCGCGCCACUGAGCACCCUAGCGCAGAAGCAACAGCAGCAGCUGUCUUUAGGAGGGAACUCUAUACUUCAGUUUGAUCCCAACAACCCAAGUGCGCCGCCUAUUUUGAUUAGUGGGCCAGUGACUACUUUUCAAAUGGCACCCCAACUUUUAGGAGCCAGUGCCCUGCACUCGCCAGCCCUGUCGACCCAGCAUGGCAUUCUGCAGAUGGCAUCGGCUGGAACCAAUGUAACCAUGGGAUCCAGUACCCCCUUUCAGUUAGGAGGUGCCGGAGGCCUGGCUGUAGCCUCUAGUAUGGUAGCAAGCACUGUCACGACCAAUUCAGUCACAGCGUGCAUCAGUUCUCCGUCGGUCUCUGCAGCUACUAAAGGACCAAAAGGAUUGCCUCCUCUGGCCCCAGCAUUAUCACAGGCCAGUCCAACUAUUGGUUCUACUGUGGCCAUCAACAGUGGCUAUCAAACCAUGUUGACCACAGGAAUGCCCCAGCAGUUUAUUCUGAAUGGUCAGAAAAUUGUCACCUCAAAAAUGGCCACCUCCUCGUUGGCGACACAGGGUUCUAAGUCAGCCCAGAACAGGAAACGAUCUCCGUCAGCGUCCAGGGUGUCCCCCAUAGCUGCGGUUGACAUAACACAACAUUUUACUCAGCAGCAGCUGGUGGCCUCCACAGCGUCAGCCAUGGUGGCACCCAUGCAAACGGUGAAGAGCUCUUCUGGUGUUGAUAAAUCAUGUAAAACAAAAUCAUCCAAAGUGAGCCGCCAGCAGGCUCAACAGCAGGAGGAAAAAGCUGUGAACCAGCUCAUGAAGACGGAUCUCUUGGCUCAAGCCACAGCCACAGCUGGUAUACUGAUGGACUCUGAAACCGGUGCCGGAGACUAUGCUGUUAACUCUUCCGGUGCUAACGAAAGCAACUUGAACAUUUCUGCAGGCUCAAACAUGAAUCUCUCCAGUUCUUCAGCUGAGCUGCAGAUCAACUUGAAGCAUUCUCCUCGUGAUGAAGAGGACGACAAUGUCCAACUGAUCAUCGAUGAAAACUGUAUGAGCGGCAUGAGCUCAACUUCACCCGCUCAUUCCUCAUUCAGCCCAAACAUGAGCCUGGGUUCGGCUUUAUCUGUGAACACAUCAUCUUCUGUCUUUACACACGACCUAGGCCUCGGCGGCUCCCAGCAUCAGUCUGUGCAUCUCCAUCCAUCCAAUGGGGAUCUGACGACGCCACUGGUCUCCCCUAACAUCACGUCGUCAACUACGAUGUCGAAGCAACACAAACAAAUUACCAGCAGUCCUAUAACUGGUUUGCCAACCAUCCAACAGUUAAGCCCACUCAGUUUCACUCCGGUGACCUCCUCAGCUUCCAUAAGCAAUCCAUCAACAACGUCAGAAAUGCAUAUUAUGGGGGGUUCAUUUCGUCCGGAGGAUGUGUUUGCUCGUUUUGCGGCUGAGAACAAGUUAAAGCUGAGUCCGGACAAAUUAAGUCCCUAUUCUACUUCAGGAUCUGGCAACUUAAGUGCAAAUAAUGUGUUUGAUGUGGCUUCGAGCUUGUCGCUGCCCAUCUCAUCAACCAGCAUCAGUGCUUCUUCAGCAAUCAAAAGCUAUGUCCCCAUAGCUCCUGCCCCAGCUAAAGCAUCAGCAGCAGCCCCUUUUGCUCAAGACUCCACACAGACCUUGACUUUUAUGGAGGCCAUGAACCAGGCUUCCCUUGGUUCUGACAAACCAGCUGGAAAAUCAAAAAGUCGAAGCAGGAAAACAUCGACCCCAAUACUACCACCAGCCCCCGUGCCCCAAAUAAUAACUAUAGAGCCCGAUGUGCCGACCAUCCAGCAGAAUGAUGGGAAGAAGAAAGCAGCUAAUAAGAAGAGGAAGACAAAAGCGGAACUUCGGCAGGAGAAGGAGGAAAGAGAGCGAGUCGCACGGGAAGAGUUUGCAGAGAGAAAACUUAGAGAAGCUGAGGUCUUUGAUAAGACGUGUGUGACGACCGUGUCUAAACAAGUCAGCUCUAUUGACGAAGACAGUCUCAUCCCUGUUUUGAAUGAGAACGAUGCCGUCAAGGAGCAGAUUUUGCAUUCUGUGUCUGAGUCGAAACUGCUGAACACAGACGGCAGCCAGAUCAGUUUGAUGGACAUGGUGGACAAAAUUGAGAUCUUCAAUUCUGCAGUGUCAGAUGCUGAGGAUGGGUUCCAACUUGGGGGUCAGUCGAAUUUGGUAGACACUGUCGCCUGUAACACGCUUAGUAAGGAAGACACGGGGGGAGAUAAGCCAGACUCCAGAAGCGUCAAGUGUGAUGCGGCAAAGAAGAGAAAGGGGGACAUCCAGCCGAUACCCAUGGCACCACCAGGUCAGAAAGCUGACAAUAAAAGGCCCAAAAAGCCCACUAAAGUGGAGGCCACCAAACCAAUGGGCAAUAGUGAUGUCUUGAUGUUUGGGCUUGGGAAUAGUGGCCCUCCGUCUGUUUCUUCAGCAUCAUCUGACAUUUAUGCCUUUGUUGACGAAGAGGACAAUGGCCUGUCUCUAAGCUUCCUGCAGCAGCCGCCAACACCCGCAGCCAAAUCUCCUACGAAGAAAAACAGAAAAAGUAAGAGCGCUAAAACUGCAGUCCCAGAAACUCCAAUCAAGCCAGAUACUAAAACAGUUAACAGCUUACCCGGUGCCAUUGGUAAUAAUAUCAUAAUGACACGCAGUGAAACUAAAAACAGUAACAAGGCGAGUAACAGUCGUCAGCCGCAGCAGGUGUCUGCGGUUACUAGCAAAUCGUCGAGUGAGAAUUCGCUGGCAACAUCAACGGUGAUACCUGCCAUGGCAGGAGCUCCACCUGUGCCCUCCCCUUCUACCCUUAUAAUGCCAAAAUCUCCUCCUUCCUUUUCAGCGCUGCAGUCCAAGUCCCAGGUGGCUAUGCCAGCACCUCUUACUGUGGUGACAACAUCCAACUCUUCACCAAUUGCUAAACCUACAAUGACUUCAACAUUCUCCCCAGCCACCAGCAACAGUAACUCUUUCAUGCCCAAGAAGGUAACUCAAAGCUCAGAGAGCAGCGUCCAUGCCAGCUUGGAAGAAUCAUUGAUGGAUUUUUCUGUGAUGGACUUUCAGAGCUCUCCCAAGCUCUCCGAGGCGCAUGAUGAUCAUGACAAUUCUAUUGGGCUGCCCGCAGAAACCAUAGCAGAUUUUUUCAACCAGCACAGUCCUAGUAAAAUGAUGCUUAACACAAGCCCUACAAAUCUACAGAAUGGUGUCUUGUCUCCAUCUGAUGUGGAUCUGCCUGCCCUGAGAACCCCAGCCACACCCAUGAACCACAACCACACAGAUCCAGUGUUAAUGCUGGACACUCAGGAUAAUAAAGAGAUGGUGUCUCUUUCUCCGUCUAACAAACAGCCUCAGUCUCGUAUGCACACACCUCCUCCCAUGGAUCCCAAGUCUCCUGCCAACUCCUUACCCGCCAACAUGUCAAUAGCCUCUUCCACGCCUGGCCCAUCUCUAUCCCUCACACAGUCCUCAUCAUCACCUCUGCCACCACCUGUUAUGUCAUCCACCAACAUGACAAGCAGUAGUCAGAGUAGUUGCAUGAACUCGUCUUCAAAUGCCUUGCACCAUCUAGACCCAACUUCAACUGCUUCCACUCGACCCGAGUCUCCAAUGCCAUCUUUAAGCUCAUCAUCCCUGGAUGCCCUGUCAGAGAUCAUUCCUCUGAAACCCAUCACCUCUGAGUUGGAGUCUGAAGAGAAUGAGAGCUGUGCCCAGAAGCAAAGGAGGCCUACCCCAGUCCAGACACAACCUUUAUCCCACGUGCCUUUAUCCAGCGACAUUGGAAUGGUGAUGUCAUCUAUGCCAGAACUUCAACAGAAAUCUCAGCCCCAAAGGCCAAACCCGCCCCACCUUCCUCCACAAAGCAGCCCCCAUAAUUUAAGACCGCCCUCAGCAUCCACCACCCCACUACCGUCCCCCAAGCUCCACACGUCUCCAGGGUCAGCCAGUUCUGUUCACAGCAUGUCACCUGCUGCUCAGCAUGGUCAUUCUUGUCAGAAGCAGCAGGGCUCACAGAUGGGAGCCAACCCACACAUGGAGAGAGUCGCCGUCCCUCCUCUAUCGCACCCUCCCCAGCAGGCUCAAAGCCUUUCGCAGCUCUUCCCUGACACCUCCCCGUGCAGCGCUAACUUUGCCUCACCGCCCAGUGGCUCCAGCAUGAAGCUGAAACACAUGAGUCCAUCCAGUGCCCAAGAACAACAGAACUCAAACUUUAUGAACUCCCAGAAGACCAACAGCUUCCCACAGACUUCUAAUCAGCAGCAAAAGAAUCAAUAUUCUGUGGAUAAAAUUAUAGAACACCCCAACAGCAAUCCUGCCGCUUCCUCUCGUCUCGCAGAAAGCUUUAACUUCACCAACAUGGGGUCCAACGUAACAACUGCUUCCUCGAUACUCCCAUCAGGAUCCAUGCCCCUCACAUCCCCCAAUUCAAAUGGGUUUUCAUUUUCGCUGUCUCCUUCAUCAUCGCAAGCCUCCUCCUGCAGCGGUAACCUGAACGCAUCCAACAGUAGCAACAACACUAACAGGGGAUCCCUUUCAUCUAUGCAAACGUCGAUUCCCUCAUCCGGGGGACACAUGUCUCAUAAUGCUUCAUACCUUAGCCCUUUUUUCCCUCCCCCGACACCAAUGAGUAUCCCAGCUUCGUCCUCGUCGUCGUCAAGCACGCACCAUAGCUUGGCUAUGCAUCCUCUUGGGAAUAUGGAGAUCCAGCACACGAACACCUCCCGGCCGUCGAGUGGUGGAUCAGCGGCCACUGCCUAUGGCAUGGGGCCAUCUAGUUUGAUGACAUAUGGCAACCAGCCCAAGCUGGACAUUCCGCCUAUAGUGAAGUCACCUACAUACAACCAUAGCACACCCCCAACCAGCAGCAGUGGCAGCAACUCAAACAAAGGCUCAAACAAUGUUGGCAGUGGGGGUGCCAGUUACGGUAGUAAUUCCAAGCAAGCAAUGGACUCUUCUACCAGUAGCAAUCGGUACCCUGGUUCAAAGUCUACACCAGAAUCUAUCUAUCAGCAGCAGCAGAAACGCCCAAAUACCAUUCAGCAUCCGCCAUCCAGUCAUAUGGACCCCAUGUCCCAUCUGUCCUCAUCGGCCCAUAACAACAGCUUCUUUCCCAUGGCUUUUCCAACUGCAGCAUCGGCGUCGAUGCCGCUGCGGCAUUUGCCCGACACCAGAGACAUGCCCUCGCGGUCCCCCUAUGACUACCCUACUGUUCCCCACCACCCUGCCAUGGGAUUCCCUCACCCUCAUUCUCAGAUCCCAUCAGGUUAUGGGGCACAUGCUAGUUUCACAAGAGACUGUGCCAGGCUGGAGACUACAUCUCAUCAUCAGACACAACAGCAGCAGACACAGCAGCCUCAACAACAGCCAAGUCAGCAGCAGCAGCAGACGCAGCAACAGCAAAAUCAACAACAGCAGACACAGCAACAACAGAAUCAACAGCAGUCUCAACAGUCCCCAAGAAAACAGUCUGUUCCCAAGAAGUCUUCCUCUAGUGCUUCAGUAGGGGGCACCACUAGCAGCAGCUCGACCAACAGUUCCAGCAGUAGCAAUAACUCUAGCAACAGGAAUACAAAUAGUGGCACCACGGGGUCCACCAUCAAUCAAGGACACAGUCCUGCAUCGUCCACGUCAAGCCGUGCUCAGCCUUCACAGCAUCACUCUAACCAUCAGCAAACCAGUGCUUCCACCUCGAACAAUUCUUCAUCCUCCUCCUCUUCCCACAAUCGUAGUAGUACUUCCCAUAAUUCCCAGAAAAGAAAAAGUACUUCUUCUUCAUCCUCUUCGUCGAAAAAGAAAAACACUGCCUCUCAGCAUACUGGCUUCCCUUCAGACGCCAUGGAUGCCAGUAUGUCGCAGAACAUGUUUGAGUUCAACUACCUUAACUUCCCGACGUUAGCUCAAAGCAUGUCACCGCCGGCUGCUAGGCCGCACCAGACUGAUACUCCGUUUUUAAGUGGCAUGUUCAAUGCCCCUCCGAGGCCCAUCUCCAACUCGGGCACUAAAACGGCAGACAUGGCGGCAUCUCACUUUCCCCUUUCUCACACAAGGGCCCAGAACUCUUUCUUCCAGCCGGGCAGCUUUGGCAUGAAUUUCAUGACAAGUAACCACAGCAAUGCAGCGGCUGGCAUAUCGCCGCACUCCAUGGGCGUGCCGCCACACAUGUCCUUUGGGCUCUUUGGUAAUGAAACUGCCAGUGCCACAGACAACAUUACCUCAAAUAAGUUUCUCCACUCUAACCCUAUACUGCCAGGUGGCCCACAUCAGAGCAUGGACCAUUCCCUGCAGCACGGAGCACAUCAGACGUCCUUAUACCACAGUAGGCCGCAUUCAGCCCAGUCACAUGUUAUGGCUGCUUUCUACCCUCACAGCUUCGACUCCAGGGGUCACAUGGGUCAACCGUUCAACAGCUCGAUGGGACCCCCCACCUUUCACACUCCUGGCUUGCCGCCUAUAAAUUUCUCCAUGCACGACGCUCAUUAGCAUCAGGUGUGUUGUUGUUUAAUUGGACACGGUUCAUUUUGUUUUGUAUAUAGGAGUGGUAAUCUCUGUGUUCAUAUGGAUUAAGCGUUAUGAAUAUUUCCUUCAAUGGAUUAUAAAAGUGUGCACUUUGUGAAUUGUUUUUGCGUAUUAUGCAACUGAGCUUGCGAAUUUAUUUUCAAUUGUUGUUGGAUUAUGUAAAGUGAGUCUUGAAUUUGUUAUUCUUGUGAAAAUUUACACAUGCAAGCCCAUAGUAAUUAGUUCGUGUGGAAUAAAUUAAAAAAAAAAAAUGUAACAGUAUAUAGGUUGUUUUCUUGGAUUUAUUGCUGUCUGGUGAAAGCAACUGUUUUUAGUGCAUUGAUUUAAUUGCUACUAUGAAUGCCAGAAUUUAUCAAGCAUCUCUCUGCCUAUGAUUGCAUUUUUUUGUUGUGUGGUUUCUUCUUGGGACAUGUAGCGACUGUUUUCUGUUGAUGACUCAAUGAAAGUGUAAAUUGUUGCGCCCCCGUUUGCGUGUUGACCUGUUUGCUAGCUACAAGUGCCAUGCUGUUCCUGUUUUGUGGCUUCAACCCCCUACCUUCAGUGUUUCAGUUCUACAUUGUAUAGUACUAACUCAUCAAGAGCAAUUGUUGGCAAUAGAUGAAUAGGUCUCAUUGUUUCAUCGAUAUAUAUUAUAAGGUAUAACUUGUAAUUUGUCAACAUGUACAUUAUAGUACACUCUUAUAUUAUACAUUUUGCAUAUUUUAAACCUUCUAAUGAAAAUGGUAUAUAUAUAUAUCCUAUAUUAUAUAUAAUGUCUUAUUAGGAGCAUUUUGUUGUUUAAUUUGUGUACAUAAAUUUUCAACAAAUAACUCAACAAUUUUUAGAAAGUGUACAUGCUACUGAAUUCAGUUCCAUAUUUUUUGGAGUGUAUAUAAUAGUCAUUUUGCAAAAUUCGUCUCCCCAAGGCCCAAUUUGACUUAGCUGGCAUUGGUUACAUUCAGUGUCAACUUGUUAAAAGUUUUGUCCACGUCUUUAAUAUUUUAUGACUUCCAAUAAAUUAUCAGCCCCCCCCCCCCCCCUUCCCUUUUCUAUUGAAUAGUCUUUGAGUGUUUUUCGACAUACACAGUAUAACCAUUGUAUCAUGUGGAUAACUUUACAUAUAUAUAUAUUGUGUUUGAUAAUUUCACCAUUGUUUCAUAAUGUUUAUGUUAAAAGUGCUAAAUAUUUAGUGCUUUUGAAAAACUGAUUCUGUAUGACUUGAUCUUGAUCUGAUGUGUCUUCUAGGCAUUCAUUUUUUUUUUUUUGGCUACGUAGGAACCAGGAUAUAUGUAGAUAAAAAUUAUCUGAUGUAAUGAUUUCUAGAAACCCUCUCAAAGUAGAAGCACAUCUGAUAUAAUCACGCCUGAUGGAGGCUCAUCAACUUGUAAUGUUCCUUUUGUACCCCCCCACCCCACCCCCCGUACCCUUACAGACUUGUACAUUUUAGAAUGUAUUAUAAUCAGUAUAUUUGGAACAAUCGCUUGAAACUUAGUCUCCACUGCUCAUUGUUCAUUGAUUUUCUUGUAUUGCAUUGACGGAUGUACUAUAUUAUAGAUCUUCUGGCCUCAUGAUAUAUUCUUCUUACUAAAGUUGUGAUUGUUCUUCCCCUACUCUGCCUCCAGUUUAUUUUAUUUUUACACAAUUUGCUUUUUAUUUGGUUGUUGACGACAGUUUUAUAUUGAGGUGGUCAUUUUUACUUGCUUCAUGCCAGCAUGCAUUGCUAGUGCCCGGAGUACAAGACAUAACAAUUUUUCCACGCCUGCAUUUUUUCUGAUUUUUGAAGUUUUAAAGUGAAGAACUCACAAACUGAUGAAUACUUUUAAUCAAGAUUAUUAUUUUAUAAAGAACUUUUCAAGAUAGUGUAGAUUCUAUCUCAGCCAGGAAAACCAAUGACUAAAUGAACACAUGUAAUGUGUAGGAGGUAAUUAUCUUCUCUUUUGAAGCAACUUCUGUAUUUAUAAGAUAUAAGAAGAAACACAUUUUUCUUAUCAUUGAUUUUCUAAGAUAAAUAUCAGGCGUAUUAUUUACUUGAUUGAAAAUCUACUGCUUUCUUUGACAUUCUUAAGUUCUAAUGUAUCUAACAUGGUGACCAUCUGGUUAUACAUCUAGUGAAGAAGUGUGUUUUUACUUUAAUUCAACUGCUUAUGUAGAGGAUUAGACCUGGGUUCUUUCAGUUGGUUUCAUGAUUCUAGACCAUCAUGUCUGAUAAGGUAUAUAUAUGUCAUUGCAAUUCCAAUGCCUUUUGCCGUAACAUUAACAUUGCUGUGUUCUUUUAGUUCAGAUGUCUAAUAACAUGUAGUGGUUCAGUUUAUAACUAAAAUUUGGUUUGUAUCAUUUUCUGUUCCAAUCAUUUGUCGAGCCUAAAUUUUAGCGUAACUUGACGGCAAAAGAUGUGUGAAAAUUGGCCAGUUGGACACGGCGUGUGACCUACUUUUGAUAUUAAGUCGUGAUAAUUCUUGUUGUGUGGAGCUGUUUACACGGUGUUUUGAACAUAGUGUCCCCGGAUGACUGGAGGGUUACAGAACUUGCCUAUAUCUUUUGUUUUCAGACUUAAGAGUUGUUGUGAUGAAACGACUGAUAUCAGAACCUUUUUUCCUUUUUAGUCUGCCGUCGAACAGCACUUUCCGUUACAAUGGUAGAACGUUUUUUGAAAACUCUUCUUUAAAAUGUCGGCUAUUUAUUCUGAGUAUUGGCAUCCUGGCAAGCAUUUUCAUGACAGCCAUUUUUGUUUCUCCAUAGGCAGGCCUAAACAACAUAUUAUAAUAAAUUAUUAAAUUUUUUAUUUUACACUUUAAAUAAAAUAAAAACCACGUCUAUUUAUAAUUUUUUUAUUCAAGCUGGUCCAUUGCUCAAUGGGGUACCCAAAAUCUGUAUUUGUACAUAUUUGGCUGUCAUCAAGAUGUCAUAAGUUGAUCAAGUUAAUUGUAUAAUAUUGAUGUACAUUUGUUUUGGCUGUCUUUUGGCUUCUAUUUUAUGCAUAAUAUUCACACCACUUUGUUUCAACUAUUAUGUUUGACCCCCCUCGUAGUAAUAGUUCAAUUGUACAUAGAUAUUUAUCUGUUAUAAGUCUUAAAUUAAAACCAGAGGGAAGUUUCAGAUGAGUGAAGGAGAAAAUACACAGAAAAACAUAUGUUCAUUGUAAGGUUAUUUAGGUUUAAUCAGACCAGACAUAAAGAGGAAAAAAAACCCAAGUUUACUGGAAUCAUUUUCUCACUAUAAAUAGCUGCAGGUUACAUGUAAACAAAUUAUACAUUGUAAUGAGUUCAAAAAUUAAAGUCACCAGUGGCCCUGAAAAUAAUGUUGUCCAUUUUAUAACUUGUUGGGAUGAACAAUAUGAAAUGUUCAUUUUUAGUUCACAAGUUGUAGUUUAAUGGCUUUGUGUGUGAGUGUGUGUGUGCAAUUGUAAACCUAGCUAUUUGUAAAUUCUAUUAGUGGCAUAAAGACAAGUGUACUUCAAAAAGUUGAUAGAUCCAGAUUGUUACAUUGUUUAAAUACAUUUUAAUGGUAGUAAUAUUGAUCUUUAGAAAGCUUCAUAUGUAAGAAAUUAAUUUAACCAAAAUUGCAUUAACCAUCAAGUGAUCAUCAUUAUUUAUGCAAUAUUAUGUCCAGCUAUUCAGUUUGAGUAGGCUACUUUUAGGCUGUCAAACUGGUUUCAACCUUAUGUGUUGUUUUUUUUUUGAAAACCAAACUAAGUGCUGGAUAAAAGGUGUUUUUUAUAUUUUUUUAUCUACUGCACCAUUUGCAACUUCAGCAUUGAUAAAAUAAGAAUGACCUUUUAGUCUUCAAAUCAAAUAUUUUAUGCUACUGACUUGGUUUAACCUGGCCACCUUUCAGCUUGCUCUGAAUCAGAACAAGUCUCUCCAAAUUUUUCUAUUUAGAGAGAUACCAAUGUUUGGAUUUGGUCUGGCUUUACAAUCAACUCUAGGUUUUUUUAAGCAAAUUAAAUAAUAAAUUAAGGUGUAGGCUGCUCUCUGUACUUUGUUUCCAGGAUUUCCACAAAGUAAACAAUGACUGUAUAUAAUGAAAUUGUUAUUUAUUUCAGAAGCUGAACAAAAAUAUCAUGUAGGGACGAGCUUGUUAGUUACUAUGUUAAUAUACUGUGUAUAUAAGUGAAGCCACUAAUUUGAUGUCAAGGUUGUUAAGAAUGCUAAAUUGUAGAUAUGAUACAUGCAUAAACUUAAGAUUCUUAUAUUUGCUAAAAUUUUUAACAUGAUAGGUUAUUUUUAGUAUUUGUUUGCUCUUAGAGCUAGAGCCAAUAGAAUCUGUAGCUAGAAGAGAAAGGGAAGGGUGGAGCUGACAUUGUUAGUGCUUACAGGGAAGGGUGGAGUCGACAUUGCUAGUGCUUAUUCCAGCUGGUUUUUCUGUGUUGAAGAGCUCAGGUUGUGCUAUCUAUCUCUUAUUUGUGACCCAUGUUGUUUGGUUUGCUGUGACUGCUUGGUUUACAUGGGGGGGUCUUCAAGCUCAUCAAGUGCUUCAUAGAAAGAUUCCAAUGGAGUUGUUAAGAGCUGGGUUUUUCUGUGUGUAAAAGUGUGUUCAUACUCUUGUGUUUUAUUUUGUUUGUGAACCAAAUAUUUAUUUAUUGACACUUUCUUACCUAGAGCUUAUUUUUUUUGAACUACAGGCUUUACAACUGAAUUGAGAUUUUGAAAAGGGGGAAAAUGUUUUUUUGUUUUUUUUUCUAUCUAGUUGACUGAUGAAAUAUGUGCUCAUUAAAUUACAUCUUAAUGCUAA